UUCACAUUUCCUUUCCCCUUUAACAAAAAACAAAAAGCUUCACCUUCCAUGGCCGGAAAAAGAAAAGAAACUUGCAGUCCGAUGAGCAGUCCGGUCUCCGACAACUCCUCAAAAGACCAAGACAGAUUUCUUCCAAUCGCCAACGUCAGUCGCAUCAUGAAAAAAUCCCUCCCUGCCAACGCUAAAAUCUCCAAAGAAGCAAAAGAAACCGUUCAAGAAUGCGUGUCGGAGUUCAUCAGCUUCAUCACCGGCGAAGCCUCCGACAAGUGCCAACGGGAGAAGAGAAAGACCAUCAACGGUGACGAUCUUCUCUGGGCCAUGACCACUCUCGGAUUCGACAACUACGUUGCUCCUUUGAAGAUUUAUCUCAACAAAUACAGAGACACUGAAGGAGACAAGAACGGUAAUAGUCCGAGUUCUAAUCACGCCGGAGUUUAUUCAGAUCACGCCGGAACGGUGAUCGGAUAUGGAGGUUUCACGGGGAGUAGGAUAAUUCGCCAAGACGGAGAUGAUGGGAAUGGUAGUACAGUAAGCAUGGCUGCUCACCUUCAUCAAAAUGGUGGUUUUGGAUGGUAGAGCCCUAAAUUUAUUGACAAUUAAUAUUUAAUCUAUUAAUUAAUUUUAAUAUAUGAGAGA